AUGUUCGAACUCCACUUCUUUGCCCACAGGGAGAUGAUUCAGAAACAUGGGUUUGCGAAGAUGCAAUAUGAACGCUUGCUAGCGUAUGGCAGUCGCGUGGACGUGGAGGUUCUCGCUUGGAGUGAUCCGAUCCUCAUGGACAAGCUUAAACCCUUUGAUGUUUCAUGGGACGAGAUCACGCAGCUAGCUCAUCAACGGCAGAGAAAAUGA